AUGACAGACCUAUACCCAAUGCUGAAGCGAGAAGGGAGCCAGAGCCCGACAUCUAAGCCCAGCUUGAGCCAUCUAAACGGCCAUGACCUGUCGGGGUCACUCCGCACCAAAAACGAGUCCUUAGCUGCGACUCCUUUGUCCUCUCCUGCCAUUUCGGCUCCCACAACCAUGGAGGUCAACGUCAAGUCCGAGCACGACCUAACUCACGACGUCGCCUCGCCUUCACAGUCACCUACGCUUGUCGCCGACCCCACACCUCAAAAUUUCAAGGCGUCCCGCUCACCCAGCCCUCUGCCCUCAACAACCGAUGCCGCAUCCCCAAAGUCGGUAUCUCCACCGCUCACAGCACCACCCAAGUCUGGAAAAAAGGCUCCUGCUGCACCCAUCCAGCUCAUUGGUGACCUUCCUAUUGCCCGAGAGGAGGCUGUGAGAACGUUCAAUGAGAUUUUUGACAACAAUUAUCAAUACAAGACGCUGGGGCGCUCUAGAGAGGCCCUUGAGAGCAUGAUUUGCGAUUGUACAUAUGAGCACGAUGUGCCCGUGCCACUCCACCUCAGGUUCCAACGCAAAGAAUACGCCAACAUUGAAAUCGUACUGACUGAGAAAAAGGGUUAUGGAUUGCGAGCAGAGGAAAAGCUGCCCAAGGAUACUUUUAUCUACGAGUAUGUUGGAGACGUGGUGAAUCCGGUAUCUUUCAAGAAGCGCAUGCGUGAAUAUGCAGAGGAAGGAAUUCGGCACUUCUAUUUUAUGAUGCUACAGAAGGAUGAGUUCAUCGAUGCAACCAAGAGCGGUGGCAUCGGGCGGUUUGCCAACCACAGCUGCAACCCGAAUUGCUAUGUAGCUAAAUGGACGGUGGGGGAACAUGUGCGAAUGGGGAUCUUUGCGAAGCGCGACAUCGAGCGUCACGAAGAGCUGACAUUCAAUUACAAUGUCGAUCGUUAUGGCCAUCAAGCACAGGAAUGUUUCUGCGGCGAGCCCAUGUGCGUUGGCUAUAUUGGUGGGAAGACGCAAACCGAUAGCGAUAUUGUUACAAUGGAUGAUCUCUACCUUGAUGCUCUUGGAAUUACGGAUGAACAGGAUCUCAUAGAGCUGAAGGGAACCAAGAAGAAGAAGGGCAAGAAAAUCGAUGAUCCUGACUUCAUGCCAACGCUGAAACCUGUCACCGAGAAGGAAGUUCCCAAAGUUGUCCAGGCCAUUCGUCAGACAACCAGUCGCAAGGUGCUUUCAAAGCUCUUGUCGAGGAUCAAGGCAUGUUUCUCAAUGACAGAAGAUCAAGCAGCUCUUCGUCAGAUAAUGCGAUUACGUGGGUAUAGUCUCAUGACAAACGUCCUGGAAGACCACUCGGAAGAUAUGGAAUUGAUCACGCUGGUAUGCUCACCAGCAUUGGAGUGUAUGAAGACAUGGCCUUUGGUCAAUCGAAACAAGGUCCAGGAUUCUAAAGUGCAUGUCCCCGUCGAGGCUUGCGCCGCUUUGGAAAACGAAGUUGUGAAAACAUUGGCUCAAGCUCCUUCCAUCCGCUAUGACCUCCUUAUACCAGCGAAACGCACUCCCGCUCCUGACCUCUCACCCAGUAAUGUUGAGAAGAAGGAGAAAAAGAAGACAGAUUAUGUGAUUUACAAAAAACUUCUUGAACCUGUCGUGGAGCCCAAACCCGCUCCUGUGCGUAAGCGGUUCGAUGCGCCCGAUUGGCGGUUAGCACCACCAGAAAAGAAACCGCGGCUACCAACAGCUGAGGACCUGGCUUUGGAGGAAGCCAUAAAGCAACGCCAGAUAGAGAGGAACAAGCAGUACAUUCUGGAGCUGAAGGCGAAGAACGAUUCGAUUAAGGCGAUUAUUGCGUCUGCUGCUGAGGAGAAAGCGGCGGCUGAAGCUGCGCUGGUUGCUGCUGCUGCCGAGGAGAAGGCGAAGGCCGAGGCUGCAGCUGAGAAGGCGGCGCGGAGGAAGGAGAGGGCGGAAAGGAAGGUGUCAAUGACAGCGGAGGAUAAAGAGGCCAUGAAGGAGAAGCGGUUGAUGAAACUGGUGGGAGCUGUUGUGGUCAAGUGCAUGUCGAAACAUUCCAAGUCGUUCGACCGCGAUUCCUUCAAGAAACACGCGAAAGAUUUAACACAAAUCAUCAGUGAGAAAGAGAAAAAGUCGUCGAGCUACAAAGAAAACAAACUGGAUGCUUUGUCAGACGAAAAAGUGGUGAAGAUCAAAAAGUUCGCAAAGGAGUAUAUUCACAAGAUCAUCCGAAAACUCGAGAAACAAAACAAACCGCACUCGUCGUCGACGUCGACAGCACACGACACGCCAUCUACCUCAACGCACACACCGAACUCACACGACGGCGACCGACACAGUUUCGCAGUACCAGUAUCAGUCGAGGAAGCGAUGGAAAUGGACAUUGACAGCGAAGACGAUGAGGAUAUGGAAGUGGCGGAGGGGGCACGUUCGCGGGAACAUUCUGGGCCAAUGACACCGCCAGGGCCACCGCCAACAUGGGCUGACGAGGAAGACGACGAUGACUCUCAUCACCCUUUAGCAGGUCGGCGCGGUCCUAUGACACCGCCGGGGCGGCCAAGUUAUCUGGACGAGGAGGGUGAGCGGGACGAGUCGCUUUCUGCUCGGAUAUCUUCUCGGCGUAAGGCUGUGUCCCCGCCAGGGCGGUCAGCUUCAAGUUGGGCGCUGGACGAGGAUGUAUCGAUGGCGGACGCGCGGUACCCUGGCUCGAUCACGAUGGACCCACGUCGACACCUUCCCCCGCCUACUACCACCAGCAGAAGUUAG